AUGGGAGCCAAACAGAUGAAAUGGUAAGAGUUGGAUUUCACAAAUGAUUUGCAAUAUCUCUUGAUUUACAUAACACUGUUUCUCUCCCUCUCAUGUUACAAUCAGCGGUUCUAAUAUAGAAAUGCAGUGUUUGUUAAUUGUCUUUACGUUUGCCUUGACAGUAAUGUGCUACUUUUACAGUUAUGGGAGUGGUUAUGAGACCUUGAGACAGUGCGAGCACUAUGUCAUUUAGAAGAAGAUGUAAUUUCUUUGUCUGAUCAAUAUUAUUUUAUGGUCAUAUAAUAUAGAUUUCUAUUACACGUGUUAGAGAAACUAAUCAUAGUGUGAUAGCUUGUAGAAAUUGAGUAGUUCACAUAAUUUUAGGGCUGUCGGCUUUUGUCUGAAUGUAGGUGUGGGUGCGUGCUUCUCUGGUAUGGAUACUGUGCGUCCCUGUAGGUGUUUGUCUGGAAAUCUAUGUGAGCUGGAUGCGUGACAUUGCCUAGCAACGGCUAACUACAGUGUUUGGCAUUGCUGUGAUUUCCUUUGCAGAUCGGCUCAUAGCUCAGAUUUACUUUGAUCAGACUGAUUAGCGUCACACUGUAUAUGAGCAUGUCCAAUCUCACAUGGUGUUUUAGUGUUAUACAGUAUUUAGUUCCAGAGAUUAGGAUAAUUUCUGUUUAAUAUUUGCCCACCAUAGUGGAGGUUUUAUUUCUAACCCAAAAUAAAUUGACAGUAAAUACACAAAUUACACUAUACUGUAAAACUAGGCCACAUGUCUUGAAUGUGUACAAAUUACACAAAACUGUAAAACUAGGCCACAGGUCUUGAAUGUGUGCAUGUGAUCCUCUUUCAGAUAUAAAAUUGAAAAGAUAAAGCAAUGCACAUCGAAGACAGAUUUAAAUUAAAAACAUAUUAUUAUUUCAAGAGGACUUACUAUAUUUUAUAUGAAGGGAUUACAAAAGACAUGCAAAGACCAGAUAUGCUGAAGUGAAGCUCAUCUCUACUGUAUGUUGUUGUUUCAGUUUGCACAACAGAUCAGCAGGAUGCAUCUUUUAAGGGAAAUCCACAGAAAUUACAACAUGUAGCUAUAACAAACUACACCCAGGGCAAAGGAAGGGUGGUGCCACGAUAAGAGAGACUUAUACAGAACGUUGGUUGGCAUGUACUUCAUACGUCUUUGCCUGUAGUUCUUAUUACAAUAUAAUUUGAAAUGAGAGUACUUAGGAAUAAUCACUUCAGUAGAAUCAGAUAAGAUGGCAACCAGACCACUGUGACCUACUGUCCCUGUUUCUCAGCAGCUGAGUAGAAUACAUCAAAGUAGGCCCCUUAUGACAGAAAAGGUCCCAAACUUCCUGAAUAUGAUAACCAAAUGGUAGAGUGCAUUCAGAAAGUAUUCAGACCCCUUCACUUUUCCACAUUUUGUUACGUUACAACCUUAUUCUAAAACUGAUUAAAUAAAAAUGUUCCUCAUCAAUCUACACACAAUAUCCCAUAAUGAGCGAGAGUGUGCAAAGCUGUCAUCAAGGCAAAGUGUGGCUAUUUGAAGAAUCUCAAAUAUAAAAUAUAUUUUGAUUUGUUUAACACUUUUUGGGCUACUACAUGAUUCCAUAUGUGUUAUUUCAUAGUUUUGAUGUCUUCACUAUUAUUCUACAAUGUAGAAAAUAGUAAAAAUAAAGAAAAACCCUUAAAUGAGUAGGUGUGUCCAAACUUUCAACUGGUAGUGUAAGUAUUCAGACCCUUUGCUAUGAGACUCAAAAUUGAGCUCAGGUGGUCAAUUUCUUGUUUCCAUUGAUGAUCCUUGAGAUGUUCCUACAACUUGAUUGGAGUCCACCUGUGGUAAAUUCAAUUGAUUGGACAUGAUUUGGAAAAGCACACACCUGUCUAUAUAAGGUCCCACAGUUGACAGUGCAUGUCAGGGCAAAAACCAAGCCAUGAGGUCGAAGGAAUUGUCCAUAGAGCUCCGAGACAGGAUUAUGUCGAGGCACAGAUCUGGGGAAGGGUACCAAAACAUUUCUGCCGCAUUGAAGGUCCCGAAGAACACAGUGGCCUCCAGAAGUUUGGAACCACCAAGACUCUUCCUAGAGCUGGCCGCCCAGGCAAACUGAGCAAUCGGUGGAGAAGGGCCUUGGUCAGGGAGGUGACCAAGAACCCGAUGGUCACUCUGACAGAGCUCCAGAGUUCCUCUGUGGAGAUGGGAGAACCUUCCAGAAGGACAACCAUCUCUGCAGCACUCCACUAAUCAUGCCUUUAUGGUGUGGCCAGACGGAAGUCACUCCUCAGUAAAAGGCACAUGACAGCCCGCUUGAAGUUUGCCAAAAGGCACCUAAAGACUCUCAGACCAUGAGAAACAAGAUUCUCUGGUCUGAUGAAACCCAGAUUGAACUCUUUGGCCUGAAUGCCAAGUGUCACGUCUGGAGGAAACCAGGCACCGCUCAUCACGUGGCCAAUACCUUCCCUACAGUGAAGCAUGGGGGUGGUAGCAUCAUUCUGUGGGGAUGUUUGUCAGCGGCAGGGACUGGGAGACUAGUCAGGAUAGAGGGAAAGAUGAACGGAGAAAAGUACAGAGAGAUCCUUGAUGAAAACCUGCUCCAGAGCGCUCAGGACGUCAGACUGGGGCAAAGGUUCACCUUCCAACAGGACAACUACCCUAAGCACACAGCCAAGACAACGCAGGAGUGGCUUUGGGAUAAGCCUCAGCAUUACACUUUUACCAUGGAAUUGCCUUGAAGUAAAAACUAUGUGUAGUAGGGAUUCUUUCCAUAUAGCAACCCCAAGUCAAUGUAAUUAAAUGGUAUUACAAAAGGGACAGAUCAAGCCAGGGCAGUUAUACUGUUGCAGUCCUCAUAUUCAGUCAUGCAAUGACAAAAAAAAAUUCAAGACAGAUGCCAUCCUAACACUACAUUAAACCAGACAUAAAUCUCACACACAGGCUGUAAUGUGAGUCUAAUAGCUCAUGUCAACAUUACUCUUCACACAAGUAACAUAUGGUUACAUAAAUGCAAGCCAUCAUCAUCCACCCAUCUUGCAUGUUCCUUAAGAAAGAUUUGAACAUAGUCUCUCUCCCCUUUUCAACAUGGGUUGGUUUAACCAAGGGUCUUAGGUUGAAUAGUGGCAGAGAUGGGCAAAAAUGUCAAAAUACAAUUACAAAAUACCCUAAAGACCAAUGUAUCAAAAUAAAAUACAUAAUACUUUUGCAAAGCAUGGAUUUAAAAUACAAGUACUGUAUCUUGUAUUUUCAAAAUACAAAAUACAUUUGCAAGUACCCCCUUAUCCGCAACAACAUUUUCAGUAACGGUAACAAAAGCUAUUUACUUGCUAUCACUGUGAUAAUGGGGUUGUUUACCUGUUUCUACUUUAGUUUAAUGCACUGACUGUAAGUUGCUAUGGAUGCUAAAUGACCAAAAUGCUAAUGUAAAUGUGAAAAUUAACACUUGCAAAGCAUGCUAAGUAUUAUUAUUAUUCACCCCCGGACGAGACCAUAUUUGAAUAAAAAUGUGAAUGGCUGUAGAGAUGGGCAAAGAUACAUCAAAAUGUAUCUUGUUAUAAAAUACCCCAAAGAAUGAAUGAAAAUAAAAUACGAAAUACAGAAAAGUCUAUCAAAAUGCAAAAAAUACAUUUCAAGUAGGCAAAAAAACACAAAAUAAAUCAUAGACAGACUAUUUCAGUCAAAUGUCCUGUGCAGUUGUAAAUCAAACAAAUGUGUGAACACCCAAAAAAAUAUCAAUUUCAACUUACUUUAUAAGUAUUUUGUACUUUGAAAACACAAAAUACUGCUCUCUAAAGUAUCUUGUUAUAAAAUACAUUGGACUGUAGUUCAGGCCAGUGAAAUACAAAUGACAAAAUAUGCAAAAGUAAUUGAAAUACAUAUUUCAAAUACAUUCAACAGAAAUACUGCCCUGAAUAGUGGUGUAGUUUACCCUUGUCUGGCAUAAGACUUAAUCACACGGACAGAAGCAUGGUUGUUUUCCCACAGAUACUAAGAAACGGAUCAUGGAAUCCCCCAUCUGAGAGCCAUAUCUAAUGCCUGGGGUCAUAGUGCACGUGGCUGGAUUCCAUUUCUAAAAAACACACAAGAGGCAACAUGACAAGAGGCCCAGACCUCAGGGCGCUGGGAAUGUACUUAGAACAGACAAAGAUCAUCAUAACAUACAGACUCAGUACAUAACAGACUCAGUACAUAACAGACUCAGUUCAUAACAGACUCAGCACAUAACAGACCCAGUACAUAACAUACCCAGUACAUAACCGACCCAGUACAUAACAGACUCAGUACAUAACAUACCCAGUAUAUAACAGACCCAGUACAUAACAGACUCGGUACAUAACAUACUCAGCACAUAACAGACUCAGUACAUAACAGACCCAGUACAUAACAGACUCAGUACAUGCUGAAAGAGAAAAUCGUCCUCUCAGAGACAUUGAAAUCAUUGUUCGUUUUGAACUGAUGUCUCCCUAGGAAAAAACAAUCCUAAAAAUGUGUUGAUACUAAAAAACUAAAACAGCAUGUUUGUAAAUCCCGCCCCAUCUGACUUUUUGAAAUAGUUUGACUCAAUGUGUCCCAUUUGUCUGCAGUUGCCUGUAAAGUGUAUUUUAAUUUAAGUAAAACUUUAUAAUUUCGACAGUCACUUAUGUUUGUGUCUAUUCAUUUCAAUUAAUUAAGGAAUGAAUGAACAAACAAACAUCCCCCUCCAUAUUUAUCUGGACAGUGAAGCUAAAACUUUUAAUUUGGCUCUAUAUUCCAGCAUUUUGGAUUUGAGAUCAAAUGUUUUAUAUGAGGCCACUGUACAGAAUGUCGCCUCUUAUUUGAAUGUAUUUUCAUACAUACUGUCAGUCGCAUAUGAAACAUUUGAUCUCAAAUCCAAAAUGCUGGAGUAUAGAGCCAAAUGUAAAGUUUUAGCUUCACUGUCCAAAUAAAUACGGAGGGAGUGUAUGUUCACAGUGUGUCAUUCAGUUGAAAUAUUGCUCAGUCCAGAUGCCAUUUAUGUACAGUAUAUGUAAUUUCAAGAAGAAGAAUGUCUUCCUUUCAUAUUUAUUUACUGUUUCUUUUUAUUUGGCUCAGCAGCAAACAAACUCAUUCCUUAUUCCUGUCUUUUCCCACCAUCUGUUGCAGCCUCAGUUCAGCCAGCCCUGCACACUCCCCUAAAGAUGAGUACAUCAUCGCUCAGUCCACAGACACUCCUAAAGAAGCAUUUAUCUCAGCUCAAUCUGAAGACCAUGCCGAGCCUGGGGAUGACAAAUCAGAGUUGACGGAAAGGAAAUCUGAUACAGGUUGACUACACAUCAAUUUUCUCGUGCUGAGAUCUGUUUCCAUUUGAUUUAUCUGCUACAAAAAGGACAUUUUCUCAUGCCCGGUCUGUUUCUGUCUGUCUGUCCAUCCGUCUCUCUAUUUGUCCAUCCAUCCCUCUGUUUGUCUGUCCUUCUGUCUAUCUCUCCGUCCAUGUGUCUGUGCCCUCCAGAAGAGGUGUUGUCUCUCUGCGGCCUGUGUCCUGCCCCAGGGCAUGGUGGGCCAGAGGAGGAGAGAUCAUGGGAGGAGCAGCUGGAGUGUCACCAGGAGCAGCUGGAAAAGGAGAUGCAGGAGGCCAGGAGGAUGGUGUUCCGCCUGCAGGUAACUAACGACAAACACACACACGCACUCACACAUGCAUGCUUCCGCACACACACACACCCCCCCACACCACCCCCCCCCCCCCCCCCCCCCCCCCCCACACACACACACACACACACACACACACACACACACACACACACCAAAACAAUUUAGUCAACUGAAAUAAAAUAAUUAUCAAACCCGUUUGAAAAACAAAAACUAUACUGAAACUAUUAUCUAAGACUCCAAAACGAACUUUGUGGGGCAAAAAUCCAAUGGGUUUUCAAGCUUCUGAAUCUGGCAGGUCACGUUGAGAUUGACUUCAUCAUUUAAAGCUACUCAGAGAGAUGACGUUGCCACGAGCAGCACAGCAGAUAUUGUGCGCGUUUGAGUGGUAAGGCUAAAGCGACCGACUGCAGACGAAAGUCGAGGAGUGAAGUCGGGGGAGGUGCAUCUGCGACAGCCUUAAGUCGGACACUAAUGUGGUUUUCCAACAGCAACCCACUGGGCACAGACGUCAAUUCAACCUCUAUUCCACGUUGGUUCAACGUAAUUUCAUUGAAAUUAUGUGGAUGCAAUGUUGAUUCAACCAGUGUGUGCCCAGUGCAAAGGCUCAGAUCAACAUUGCUGUGUUGGCAUUCUUUAUAAAAGGUUUUCUUUAUAAUGUUGAAAUAAACAUGUUUCUAACCCCCAUAUUACACACUCACAAACUGAAAUCAUAAUACAAUAUUAUGUGUGUAAACAUUGUACAAUGAAUUAGUGAGAGAGAGCCUCCAAUAUCAUAUUUAGUUGUAUAUAUCUACUGUACACAUAAGUCACGGUAAAUGGGUUUCUGUUUCAUUCAAAUCUUUGGUCACGUUCGCGUGGGUCAAACAAAAACACCCUAAUGAUUGGUUGACAAUAGAGCCUCCCACAAUGCAGGUGAUGGCUACAGGAUAAAGUUGGUGAAGAGCAACACAGAAACUUGCCGUUGACUGCAGUCAAAACUUCAUGGUCUUUGAUCACGUGAUUUUUGUAAACUUCAUGCAGUCGACAAUUUUAUCCCCAGAAUGCAACACACUUUGAAAGGCGAUGACACAACCAAAUUGAUCCGCGCAAACGUGCCAAGUGAGAUGAGCAGAUGCAAGACUUUGCUCUCACACAGUCACACAGAAUAUCUGCACAUGUGCAUGGGUGCGCUUCACACCGCUACAACGUGGUAGCGACGGGACCAAAACAGAGGAGAAUUUAGCCUUGCACUUCAGAGCUCCUGAUUGUUGCGGAAAUGUAUCCACUACUACUGUUUACUUCGUGCAUCUACGUCAUGUCGCUGUGUCUACCUUUAAACAUAAAGUAACCUAUAACCUUACCCAUCACUUUAUGCAUUACUGCCCCAAAGUGGCUAGAAGUGACAUCCCAAAAAAAAAAAACACUAUACAACACAUAAAUCAAUCAAAUGUUAUUUAUAAAGCCCUUUUUACAUCAGCAGAUGUCACAAAAUGCUAUACAGAAACCCAGCCUAAAACCCCAAACAGCAAGCAAUGCAGAUGUAGAAGCAAUGUGGCUAGGAAAAACUCCCUAGAAAGGCAGAAACCUAGGAAGAAACCUAGAGAGGAACCAGGUUCUGAGGGGUGCCCUGGCUGUGCCGGGUGGAGAUUAUAAGAGUACAUGGCCAUUAAGGCCAGAUUUUUCUCUAGAUGUUCAAACGUUCAUAGAUGACCAGCAGGGUCAAAUAAUAAUCACAGUGGUUGUAGAGGUUGCAACAGGUCAGUACAUUAGGAGUAAAUGUCACUUGGCUUUUCAUACCCGGGCAUUUAGAGGUUGAAAUAGCAGGUGCAGUAGAGAGAGAGAGUUGAAAACAGCAGGUCUGGGACAAGGUAGCACGUCCGGUGAACAGGUCAGGGUUCCAUAGCCGCAGGCGGAAGAGUGGAAACUGGAGCAGCAGCACGACCAGGUGGACUGGGGACAGCAAGGAGUCAUCAGGCCAGGUAGUCCUGAGGCAUGGUCCUAGGGCUCAGGUCCUCCGGGAUGGGAGGGAGAGAGGGAGAGAGAGAGAAUUCGAGGGAGCAUACUUAAAUUCACACAGGACACCGGAUAAGACAGGAGAAUAACACCAGAUGUAACAGACUGACCCUAGCCCCCCGGCUGUCAAGGCGUCAGGACACAGAGCUAAUCAAAAGGCGUACUUUACUCGUAGGUAAAAGAACGAACAACAACCUCCACGCAGGGAGGGAACACACCCGCACACAGAGUGAGACAGAGGGUUAAAUAGGGAAGACAUAACUACAUGAUGGGAAACAGGUGAUACCAAUUAAGACAAAACAAGUCGAACAAAGAUACAUGGAUCGGUAGCAGCUAGUACUCCGGUGACGACGAACGCCGAAGCCUGCCCGAGCAAGGAGGAGGGGCAGCCUCGGCUGAAUCCGUGACACCGGCACAUAGACUAUUGCAGCAUAGAUACUGGAGGCUGAGACAGGGGGGUCGGGAGACACUGUGGCCCCGUCCGACGAAACCCCUUGACAGGACCAACCAGGCAGGAUAUAACCCCACCCACUUUGCCAAAGCACAGCCCCCACACCACCAGAGGGAUAUCAACAGACCACCAACCUACUACCCUGAGACAAGGCUGAGUAUAGCCCACGAAGAUCUCCUCCACUGCACGAGCCUGAGGGAGCGACAAACCGGAGAGGAAGAUCACGUCAGUGACUCAACCCACUGCGUGAGAGGCUCCUAGAGUGGCCUUUUAUUGUCCCCAGCACAAGGUGCAGCUGUGUAAUGCUCAUGCUGUUUAAUCAGCUUCUUGAUAUUCCACACCUGUCAGGUGGAUGGAUUAUCUUGGCAAAGGAGAAAUGCUCACUGACAGGGAUGUAAACAACGUUGUGCACAACAUUUGAGAGAAAUAAGCUUUUUGUGAGUAUGGAACAUUUCUGGGAUCUUUUAUUUCAGUUCAUGAAACAUGGGACCAAUACUUUACAUGUUGCGUUUAUAUUUGUGUUCAGAGUAGCUUUAUGUGAACAUGUUUAGUAUGUCUAAGAUGUAUCCCUCCAAGGCUCCAGCUAAGGUAAGUAUACAAUGAGAUUGUGAUCAUCCAAGAUUUAUCUGGUAUCAAGGAGCUAAGUGCUCUUAAUCUAGCACGAUCUAAUCUAUCAUGUCAGGUAUAAAAAUCACCCCCCACCUCUACCCUGCCCUGCCCAACUGAGCUUGAUCACAUAAAAUUGUCCUGCACAUGUGCAAGCCAAGCAUUUGCUCUAUUUUCACUGUCCAGUUCAGGUUGGCAGCUGUGUGGUUUAGGUGAGGUUGUACAUCCAUAUUUGUGUGUGUGUGUGUGCGUGUGCGUGUCUUAUGGCUGUCUUUCUCUCUGAUGUGUGUUUAUACUGUGACAUAUAUUCUGGGUGUAUAGCCUUUAUGUUCUGUGUACAGUAUGUGUCUAUCCCACUCUUCUCUCUCCAGGCUCUACUGCUGCACGGCUCUCUCCCUGAGGACGAGCAGGACAUCUCCGUGGGCUUCGGGGAUAGCAGAGCUAACUCUGAGCAGCAGCUGGUACUACAUUCACUUUAGAUAAUACAGCAUGUUCAGCCACCCACUGUGAUGUAGCGGUGUCAGACCCUGGCAUGCUAUAAUGUUUUUACUGUCACUCUAGAGUCCAGAAAAGACGCAGAUACUGUAGAAGCGUGAAUGAGUCUAUGUUAUCUGCUUUGCCUGCUUUCAUGCUAGGUCACUGUCUCUUUAUAAGCUCGGACAUUUCUCUAUUCUCUCAUACUGCCGCUCAUCCCCUCGCUUUGAAGGUUCUAAUCCGCAGUCGUCUGGACCAAAGCAUGGAGGAGGCUCUUGAUCUGAAGGUACAGUAGUAAUUGGACUUAAUGUGGAUGAGCUGCCAUAAGAGCACAGACCUUCCCCUCCUAAUGAAAUGUCUCUGAGUCUGUCUGUCUAUCUGUCCACUCAGAGGGAGCUUCUGAGGCACAAGCAGGAGGCACGCCACCUUCAGGCCAUUAAGGUAAGACCUGCCAGUCAAACCCUCUUAAGUAUGUUUGGAUCAUUACUUAUACAUGGAUUAGUGGCUUUUAUUCAGUUCUCAUGCCAGCUCUGGAUAGAGAAGCAGCCUCUUUAGGCUCUAGUGUUCCUUUACAGAAGAGUUGUGUGCUCUGUUUUAGGCUUCAUAAUGAUCCAUAUUAGUGGGUCCUUACUUUUUGGUAUGCAAGCCGGCCUCUCUAGCGUUGUCUUUAAUCUGCCUUUCCUCAUUAGGAUGCUCUUCAGCAGCGUAUGUCUGUACAGGAGGCUGCGAUGCUGCAGCUGAAGCAGGAGCUACUGAGGUGCAGUAUGGACAAAGAGCAACUGGAGGGGGAGAACGUGAGUCAAACGAACCAAUCAAAUCAAAUCAAAAUGUAUUGGUCACAUGUGCCGAAUACAAGAGGUGCAGACAUUACAGUGAAAUGCUUACUUACAGCCCUUAACCAACAGUGCAUUUAUUUUUAACAAAAAAAGUAAAAAUAAAACAACAACAAAAAAAGUGUUGAGAAAAAAAAAGUAACAGUAGGGAGGCUAUAUAUACAGGGGGGUACCGUUGCAGAGUCAAUGUGCGGGGGCACCGGCUAGUUGAGGUAGUUGAGGUAAUAUGUACAUGUGGGUAGAGUUAAAGUGACUAUGCAUAAAUAAUUAACAGAGUAGCAGCAGCGUAAAAAGGAUGGGGUGGGGGGGCAGUGCAAAUAGUCCGGGUAGCCAUGAUUAGCUGUUCAGGAGUCUUAUGGCUUGGGGGUAGAAGCUGUUGAGAAGUCUUUUGGACCUAGACUUGGCACUCCGGUACCGCUUGCCGUGUGGUAGCAGAGAGAACAGUCUAUGACUAGGGUGGCUGGAGUCUUUGACAAUUUUGAGGGCCUUCCUCUGACACCGCCUGGUAUAGAGGUCCUGGAUGGCAGGAAGCUUGGCCCCAGUGAUGUACUGGGCCGUACGCACUACCCUCUGUAGUGCCUUGCGGUCGGAGGCCAAGCAGUUGCCAUACCAGGCGGUGAUGCAACCAGUCAGGAUGCUCUCGAUGGUGCAGCUGUAUAAUUUUUUGAGGAUCUGAGGACCCAUGCCAAAUCUUUUCAGUCUCCUGAGGGGGAAUAGGCUUUGUCGUGCCCUCUUCACGACUGUCUUGGUGUGUUUGGACCAUGAUAGUUCGUUGGUGAUGUGGACACAAAGGAACUUGAAGCUCUCAACCUGUUCCACUACAGCCCCGUCGAUGAGAAUGGGGGCGUGCUCAGUCCUCUUUUUUUUCCUGUAGUCCACAAUCAUCUCCUUUGUCUUGGUCACGUUGAGGGAGAGGUUGUUGUCCUGGCACCACACGGCCAGGUCUCUGACCUCCUCCCUAUAGGCUGUCUCAUCGUUGUCGGUGAUCAGGCCUACCACUGUUGUGUCGUCGGCAAACUUAAUGAUGGUGUUGGAGUCGUGCCUGGCCAUGCAGUCAUGGGUGAACAGAGAGUACAGGAGGGGACUGAGCACGCACCCCUGAGGGGCCCCCGUGUUGAGGAUCAGUGUGGCAGAUGUGUUGUUACCUACCCUUACCACCUGGGGGCGGCCCGUCAGGAAGUCCAGGAUCCAGUUGCAGAGGGAGGUGUUUAGUCCCAGGAUCCUUAGCUUAGUGAUGAGCUUAGAGGGCACUAUGGUGUUGAAUGCUGAGCUGUAGUCAAUGAAUAGCAUUCUCACGUAGGUGUUCCUCUUGUCCAGGUGGGAAAGGGCAGUGUGGAGUGCAAUAGAGAUUGCAUCAUCUGUGGAUCUGUUGGGGCGGUAUGCAAAUUGGAGUGGGUCUAGGGUUUCUGGGAUAAUGCUGUUGAUGUGAGCCAUGACCAGCCUUUCAAAGCACUUCAUGGCUACAGACGUCAGUGCUACGGGUCGGUAGUCAUUUAGGCAGGUUAUCUUAGAGUCCUUGGGCACGGGGACUAUGGUGGUCUGCUUGAAACAUGUUGGUAUUACAGACUCAGUCAGGGACAUGUUGAAAAUGUCAGUGAAGACACUUGCCAGUUGGUCAGCACAUGCUCGGAGUACACGUCCUGGUAAUCCGUCUGGCCCUGCGGCCUUGUGAAUGUUGACCUGCUUAAAAGUCUUACUCACAUCGGCUACGGAGAGCGUGAUCACAUAGUCAUCCGGAACAGCUGGUGCUCUCAUGCAUGCUUCAGUGUUGCUUGCCUCGAAGCGAGCAUAGAAGUGGUUUAGCUCGUCUGGUAGGCUUGUGUCACUGGGCAGCUUGCGGCUGUGCUUCCCUUUGUAGUCUGUAAUAGUUUUCAAGCCCUGCCACAUCCGACGAGCGUCAGAGCCAGUGUAGUAUGAUUCAAUCUUAGUCCUGUAUUGACUCUUUGCCUGUUUGAUGGUUCUUCGGAGGUCAUAGCGGGAUUUCUUAUAAGCGUCCGGGUUAGAGUCCCGUUCCUUGAAAGCGGCAGCUCUACCCUUUAGCUCAGUGCGGAUGUUUCCUGUAAUCCAUGGCUUCUGGUUGGGGUAUGUACGUACGGUCACUGUGGGGACGACAUCAUCAAUGCACUUAUUGAUGAAGCCAGUGACUGAUGUGGUGUACUCCUCAAUGCUGUCUGAAGAAUCCCGGAACAUGUUCCAGUCUGUGCUAGCAAAACAGUCCUGUAGCUUAGCAUCUGCGUCAUCUGACCACUUUUUUAUUAACCGAGUCACUGGUGCUUCCUGCUUUAGUUUUUGCUUAUAAGCAGGAAUCAGGAGGAUAGAGUUAUGGUCAGAUUUGCCAAAUGGAGGGCGAGGGAGAGCUUUGUAUGCGUCUCUGUGUGUGGAGUAAAGGUGGUCUAGAGUUUUUUUUCCUCUGGUUGCAUUUAACAUGCUGGUAGAAAUUAGGUAGAACGGAUUUAAGUUUCCCUGCAUUAAAGUCCCCGGCCACUAGGAGCGCUGCAUCUGGAUGAGCGUUUUCCUGUUGAUUUAUGGCCUUGAUAUGAUAAUACAUACGUUGACAUUUAGAAUGAAUAUUUGACCUUUAUAUUCAAUGGCUCUACCUAUUUAUGUAUUAACAUAUUCACAAAAUGUUUUGUUCAUCCACAUUACAAAUAUAAGUAUUCAUUUGUAUAUUUGUAGGCAGAGCUCAAACGGAAGUUGAGCGAUCGGAACAAACUACUCAGUGAAUAUGAGGUAAGAUCAGGAAAUAUGUGAAUUUUCACAACUUUAACAUUUGGAUAUGAUUAUGUAGUUGAAAUGUAUCACAGAUAUCACAGUGAUAUGUCUAUAAAAUCAGCAGCAACUUGGAAAAAAAGAUAGAGUACUUCAGCAACAGCAAUUGAAACUGGACGAUGCUCGGCACAACUCUAAUGAAGGAAGCCACAGGGUAUGGUACCAUAAUAAAACAUUUUCCACUGCACUUCAGUAAAUGACAUGUAUUUGUUGUAGCUUGCAAAGUUGGUAAGAUGUAUUAUGUCUGUUUUUCUUCAGUCAUCUAGGAGUGAAAAGAGUGGGUACUGUAACUCUGUGGGCCCACCCUCUGGUCCGGCCUUCCAACACACAGCGGUGAGUCAUGUACACCUAUGUACAUUUCCUACAUGUGUUUACAUGUUGAUGCGAGGGAGUGUGUGAUUGAUUAAAUGUGUGUUUUAGAUAUGUUUCAUGUCAUCGUUAUAGCUGUCUCUAGUGCUAGAGACCUACUGGUUAAAGGCCAUGGCCAAAUGAUCAACAACCUUCAAAUUGGCCUGGCCACCAGUUCUAGUGGUUUAUGUCAUUGUGUGUGUGUGUGUGUGUGUGUGUGUGUGUGUGUGUGUGUGUGUGUGUGUGUGUGUUAGCAGGGGGAGGAACUGCAGCUGGUGAGGGAGGCCCUGCGUAGUCUGAGGGAUGGCUUCUCAGGUCACGACCCUCAGCAUCACACCCUGGACACACUGGAGCAAGGGGUGGCCAGUCUCAUGGACCGCCUAUACACACUCGACACACGCCGCAGGCAGCAGGACAGAGUACAUACACACACACACACACACACACACACACACACACACACACACACACACACACACACACAUAGCAAUACACACAGAAGACCACAGAGGUGGGUGCUGUGUGUAUAUUGUUAGUGUUAUAUUUUGCUCCUGAUGUGAUAAUCAUGUGUUCAUCGUGUGCACAUCGUGACUGACUGAAUUGGCAUUUCUCCUAGUAACUGUGACUCUGUCUUCUUGUAGGGCCAGUACAAAUCACCAGGACGAAGAGCCAACCCCACAGAUAGGGACUCAUGGCCACCCAGCUCAAGUAAGAUAUACUGUUUGUUUUGCCGUUCUCAACAACCUUGCUAAUUCUCUUUCAUGCAACUUUAUCUAAUUGUGUAAUUAAAUUACAUUGAGCAUAUGUUAGGAGGGAUCAAGCAUUUUAAUCAGCUAGGUUGGCUAUCUGUAGAGAAAAGGGUAAUAUUAAUCCAACUUGGUCUAGUCCACAUUAUUACAGACUCAGCCCCCAGGUACCUAUCAAAUUAUUAUACUUAUAUUAGAGAUGUCCACCAAUACAACACCAGAGCCAGAGACUCUGAUAUUGCCUGUUUUAAAUGUAAGAGUCUAUCUGGUAAGAACACCUUUUUAUAUACCGGCGCUGUUGAGUGGAACAAACUACCACAGCAACUCAAAGCCAUGGUGACCAUAGUUGAGGAGACUAAAUUGAGGAGACUAAAUUACUUGGUGUUACCUUAGAUUUUAAAAUGUCAUGGUCAAAACAUAUAGAUUCAAUGGUUGUAAAGAUGGGGAGGUUUGUCCGUAAUAAAGAGAUGCUCUGCUUUUUUGACACCACACUCCACAAAGCAAGUCCUGCAGGCUCUAGUUUUAUCUUAUCUUGAUUAUUGUCCAGUCAUGUGGUCAAGGGCUGCAAAGAAAGACCUAGUUAAGCUGCAGCUGGUCCAGAAUAGAGCGGCACGUCUUGCUCUUCACUGUAGUCAGAGGGCUAAUAUAAAUACUAUGCAUAACAGUCUCUCUUGGCUAAGAGUUGAGGAAAGACUGACUGCGUCACUUCUUGUUUUAAUGUGUUGGAAAUUCUGGUUUCAAAAAACAAAUAAAGCAACACUUCAAGGCACAACGCCUCUCCCCCAUUAGAACUACUUGUUGUGUGUAUGUACGGACAUGUAUGUAUACCUGAUAGAUGUACACACACUACAUGUUGUUUUUAAAUGUAUGUAAAUUGUAAAGUAUUUUGUCUGUAAUGUCUUUUUCGUUAUGUGUCGCACCCCAGUAAGACUCGCUGUCACCAUUGGCGUCAGCUAAUGGGGAUCCUAAUAAAUCAAAUCAAAUAAAUCAAAACCAUAACUUAAUUUAAAAAUAAUGAUAUCCCUGUCAUGUUUAUUUUUAUGUAUGUACUGUAUGUAUGUGUUUUUUAAUUGGCAAAUAAAAUCAAACAAUCCUGUCUUUAAGCUGUAGCCAGUAAGUGAACCUAUGUUUUUAUUUGUUUUCAGAAAUAGCUCAUUCCCACAGUAGCCCUGGCCUGGACUCCACAGUCUCCACUAAAGUGCUAUACUUCACUGAUCGUUCACUCACUCCUUUCCUGGUCAACAUCUCCAAAAGGUACAAAUCCAGAAUCCCUCUUUGGGUCUUGAUGAUGUCCAUUGCAUGUGUACCUUUGUGUUGAAUGCUGCCUGCAAGUUGUAGAUGCAAUGUAUGUGUUAGUACACGUGUAUAUUGUUAGGGUAUUGAAUGCAUGCAUGUGUGUCAUUGGUGUGUGUGUGUGUUGUGUGUCUAUGUGCUGUAGCGUUGUGAGAGAAUGUGCAUGUCUGUGUCUCUGCACAGAUCAGUGUACCGUGAUGCCAUCUGAUAGUGAGACUGUGCUGUGCUGUUAGGCUGGGGGAGGUGACUCUGAGAGACUUCAAGGCAGCGGUGGACCGCCAGGGCAGCUUCAGGUACCACUUCAAAGCCCUCGACCCAGAGUUUGGGACUGUGAAGGAGGAGGUAGGCAUGUUUUGGAUUACAGCUUUGGGUUUACAUUUAGAUAGGGUCAAAUGUUACCACUGAGGGGGAAAUGACUGAAUGACCAAAAUGAAAAUAUAAAACACGGAAUUGGCAAUAGUACCAAAACCCAGUAACUAUUUAAGAUAACUAUUUUAAGAUCAUAAAGAUGUGGAUUCUCUAUAAAGGUUGAUAUGUGUUUAGAGACUCUGUCCCUGUAUAUGUCAUACACUACAUAUACAAAAGUAUGUGGACACCGCUUCAAAUGAGUGGUUUCGGCUAUUUCAGCCACAGCCGUUGCUGACGGGUGUAUAAAAUCGAGCACACAGCAAAGCAAUCUCCAUAGACAAACAUUGGCAUGGCCUUACUGACUUGACUUCAACGUGGCACCGUCAUAGGAUGCCACCUUUCGUCAAAAGUCAGUUCGUCAAAUUGCUGCCCUGCUAGAGCUGCCCCGGUCAACUGUAAAUGCUGUUAUUGUGAAGUGGAAACGUCUUGGAGCACACAAGCUCACAGAACGGGACCGCCGAGUGCUGAAGCCCUUAGCGUGUAAAAAUGGUCUGUCCUCGGUUGCAACACUCACUACCUAGCUCCAAACUGCCUCUGGAAGCAACGUCAGCACAGGAGCUGUUCGUCGGGAGCUUCAUGAAAUGGGUUUCCAUGGCCGAGCAGCCGCACACAAGCCUAAGAUCACCAUGCGCAAUGCCAAGCUUCGGCUGGAGUGUUGUAAAGCUCACCGCCAUUGGACUCUGGAGCAGUGGAAACACAUUCUCUGGAGUGAUGAAUCAUGCUUCACCGUCUGGCAGUCCGACGGACAAAUCUGGGUUUGGUGGAUACCAGGAGAACACUACCUGCCCGAAUGCAUAGUGCCAACUGUAAAGUUUGGUGGAGGAGGAAUAAUGCUCUGGGGCUUAUUCUAAAAUGGAUUAAAUAAAUACAAAUCCUCAGAAAUCUACACAGAAUACCCCAUAAUGACAAAGCGAAAACUGGUUUUUAGAAUGUUUACAAAUUUAUAAAAAUAAAAAAACAGAAAUACCUUAUUUACAUAAGUAUUCAGACCCUUUGCUAUGAGACUGGAAAUUGAGCUCAGGUGCAUCCUGUUUUUAUUGAUCAUUGAUCAUUUCUACAACUUGAUUGGAGUCCACCUGUGGUAAAUUCAAUUGAUUGGACAUGAUUUGGAAAAGCUCUGACAGUGCAUGUCAGAGCAAAAACCAAGCCAUGAGGUCGAAGGAAUUGUCCGUAGAGCUCCGAGACAGGAUUGUGUCGAGGCACAGAUCUGGGGAAGGGUACCAUAACAUUUCUGCCGCAUUGAAGGUCCCGAAAAACACAGUGGCCUCCAUCAUUCUUAAAUGGAAGAAGUUUGGAACCACCAAGACUCUUCCUAGAGCUGGCCACCCGGCCAAACUGAGCAAUCGGGGGAGAAGGGCCUUUGUCAGGGAGGUGACCAAGAACCCGAUGGUCACUCUGACAGAGCUCCAGAGUUCCUCUAUGGAGAUGGGAGAACCUUCCACAAGGACAACCAUCUCUGCAGCACUCCACCAAUCAGGCCUUUAUGGUAGGGUGGCCAGACGGAAGCCACUCCUCAGUAAAAGGCCCGCUUGGAGUUUGCCAAAAGGUACAUAAAGGACUCUCAGACCAUGAAAAACAAGAUUCUCUAGUCUGAUGAAACCAAGAUUGAAUUUUUUGGCCUGAAUGCCAAGCGUCACGUCUGGAGGAAACCUGGCACCAUCCCUAAUGUGAAGCAUGGUGGUGGCAGCGUCAUGUUGUGGGGACAUUUUUCAGUGGCAGGGACUGGGAUACUAGUCAGGAUCGAGGGAAAGAUGAACGGAGCAAAGUACAGAGAUAUCCUUAAUGAAAACCUGCUCCAGAGCACCAAGGACCUCAGACUGGGGCGAAGGUUCACCUUCCAAAAGGACAACGACCCUAAGCACACAGCCAAGACAACGCAGGAGUGGCUUCGGGACAAGUCUCUGAAUGUCCUUGAGUGGCCCAGCCAGAGCCCAAACUUGAACCUGAUCGAACAUCUCUGGAGAGACCUGAAAAUAGCUGUGCAGCGACGCUCCCCAUCCAACCUUACAGAGCUUGAGAGGAUCUGCAGAGAAGAAUGGGAGAAACUCCCCAAAUAUAUGUGCCAAGCUUGUAGCGUCAUACCCAAGAAGACUCGAGGCUGUAAUUGCUGCCAAAGGUGAAGGUGCUUCAACAAAGUACUGAGUAAAGGGUCUGAAUACUUAAGUCAAUGUGAUAUUUCACUUUUUUUACCUGUUUUUGCUUUGUCAUUAUGGGGAAUUGUGUGUAGAUUGAUGAGGGGAAAAAACAACUUAAUCCAUUUUAGAAUAAGGCUGUAACGUAACAAAAUGUGGAAAAAGUAAAGGGGUCUGAAUACUUUCCGAAUGCACUGUACUCUUGGUCUUGUAGUGUAGUUUAUAUUAUAAGAGUAUGCCUGUCUGGUUCUGGUUGGUGUCCUUAGGUGUUCCAGGAUGGAGCCCUGGUGCCUGGCUGGGAGGGGAAGAUAGUGGCCUGGGUGGAGGAGGACCAUGGACAGAGACGGUAG